AUGACAAUUGUAACUCAUCCUGAUUUUCAAAUCAUAAAAUUAACCGUAUCAAUAGUUAACGAUAACAACAACAUCACCACUACUACCAAUGAUGGUAAAAAUGAAAGGAAUAAUAACAAACCUAUUGAAGUACCAGUUAAAGAUGCUGAAAAAAUUCAUAUUGUAAUUCCUAAUGGAGUUCAAUAUCAAUUCACAUUAUAUUUUCAAGUGAAAAAUAAACCAUAUAAUAAUGUUCGUUAUAAACAAGUUGUGAAAAAACAUGGUAUUACUAUGAGAACUAGAGAAUUGGAAAUUGGUAAUUAUGAACCAUCUCCCAAGAUUGAAAAAGAGGGCAUUAAGAAGGAAGAAGAAGAACAAGAAGAAGAACAAGAAGAAGCUGAGGAAGAACAGGUUGUGACUUAUUCUAAAGAAUUUCCAAUUGAUGAAACUCCAAGUUCUAGAUUUUCUAGAGGAUUUUAUUAUUGUACUUCAUGGUAUUAUGUUGGUGAUGACAAAAAUCCAAUUAUAACUACUGAUUGGACUCUUGAAAUCGUUGCAAAAACUUAA